AUGCUUUCGAAUUUUAGUGACUCGAUGGUUAAUGCAAACAGUGAAGGGGAUGCUCUGAUUGCCUUCAAACAAAGCUUGUCUGAUCCAACCAAUGUCUUAAAGAGCUGGGAUCAAAAUCUUGUUGAUCCCUGUAGUUGGUAUUUUGUCAAAUGCAACACCGCUAACCAAGUCAUCCGACUAUGCAUAUGCAAGGACGUGGAAUCUCGAAACCUAGCUGGUCACUUAGUUCCUCAACUUGGGAACCUGCAAUACCUACAAUACCUGUCACUUAACAAGAACCAGCUUCAAGGAAGUAUACCCACUGAAUUGGGAAAUUUGAAAAGCCUUGUUGCCUUGGAAUUACAAGACAACAAUCUCACAGGAACCAUUCCACCUUCAUUGGGAAACCUCAAGUCCUUAGUAUUCUUACGGCUCAGUAAUAAUCGCGGCUUAAUCGGAGAUAUUCCGCAGGAAGUUUCAAACCUUCCAAAUCUAAAAGUCUUGUAAGUCAGC